AGCGUCUCAAACAAAAUUUCGUACAACGUGUGGACAACACAGCGUCUUGUAGUUCGUCGUAAACAUCGUUGAAAGGAGAGCGGAGCCCUGUACACAGCAUUCUGCUCUUGCAAACGUUAUCGUUGAAGGCAUGAAAAUGAUAUUUCUUGUAGUCAUUGAUUUACUUGGACUUGGUCUUAUUUCCUGAUGUGCGUGGCAAGCUUAUCCGCAUUAUUUUUCAAAAUUGGCACGAACACUACCACUAGAGUUUUUUUUCGACACUUCUUGUCUUGACAAAAGCCAGCCUCAAAAUGGUUGUGUGGACGAUCUCUACUUCGAAGCUGGUUCCGGUGGUUCUACUGUCGGGCGCGGCCCUCGUGUUCGGCGAGAUGCACACCCCCUCGGCUCCUCCGGCUCAAGCGGAAGAAGCGGGCUCCGUCGAGAACUCCCCCUCCCCGCGUUCUUUCGCGCAAACGAAGAAGGUUUCCACGGGUGAGGAUCCGCCACAGCCUGUGUUUUCGGCGAACGUGACGCUCGCACUGCAGGUGGUGAAUGAUCCGCUGACGCCGAUUGCCAGCGUCCUGGAAAUCUUCAAGGCGUCCCGGAAUGUGGUACUUACUAUAGUAGACGCUAUCUCUAUAACUAAUAUAGUAAUAAAAAUCUUCGUAAAAAUAACUACUUUGUAGUACAACUACGAAGCGGCCGUCGCCGCUAAUUUGGUCUUUGCGCUUCACUUGUAAUCGCUCCUUUGCAUCAGCAUGUCAUCGCUUCACAAAUAAUUUUCCUCGCAGCUACUUUUGCGUGCGGGUGCGGACGCGGAUGGGAGUGGCAUGGUGUCCAAUCAGGAGACGAAGGACUGGUGUGCGAAAAGCUGUUCGAAUAUGGAAACGUCAGGUGGGAAAUUAAUCAGCAAAAAGGAAAUAUGAAUAAUAGUUCGUCAUGCAUAGCAAGAAUCGAUAGCGGUUGGAGCUGAACCAAUCGAUAGCAAGUCGGUUCCCACUCGUCCGUGCCGCCCGUAAAAAGUCAUGCGAAAAGCGCAACACGAAGCCGGCGCGGAAAUAUUUCUCACGCUUGGCUGCGCAUUACAGACGAGAAAUCACUAUUCACAACUCAGCAUUACAAGUUUCCAGACCCAGAUCCAUAUUUGCAUUUGAUAGAGCCGGUGCAAGCACAAGUCCAAGCGAAACAGCUCCUUGCGCAGCUUGUCCGCGUGCGAGACAGCCAUGCUCUUGAACAUUCGCCGAAAUUUUUCCUUGGCAGAAAGCUUUUUCCCGGUUAAUUGGCUGAAGUAUUACAAUGAAAAAUGCCCCCACCUCAGAAAUUGGCAGCAUUUGCAUUGCUAACCUUUCCAAUACAAACUUUCCCCGUCUUGCAUAUAUCAGCAUCACAAAUUUUCCAUGCUGAAUAGCGUAAAUUUGUGUUGCAAAGGAGCCCAACAGCAGCCGGAUCUGUCAGGCAGAAGAUACCUUGCGCACCUAGAUUCUGCAUCAGAAAGACUCGUAGUCCCUUCAUGCAUAGACAAAAAGUUUUUCAUUUGAAAACCUUAUGCAUGAGAAACUUUUGCAAAUUCCGGGGUGGGGGCAUUUUUCAGUGCAAUAUGAAACGGUUGGGGUCCAGGCGCGCGUCGACGUGGUCUCGGGACCGUUCCACCCCGGAAUCGCUGCUGUUCUUCUGCGUUACGCCAAACUGCUCCAGCUCGGAGAUGAGGGAGUCGGUGGGCAGGAUGCCCAGGGUCAGAUACAUGGACCCGACAUCGUAACUGAACGCUUGCUUCCCGCGACUCGCGGCCUGGGCCGCAGUGGCGGCCUCGACGCUGCCCUGGGGCACGGCAAUCUGUGCGGCUGCGGACGAGGCCCCCGAGGGAGGCGGAUUGUGAUAAAUACCCGCCCCGGAAGAAAGGGUCGACGGGCGGGUGCCCGUGGCCGCGGUGGACGAAAGAUUCGUACUUCGUGACGGGAUGUCAAGUGGAAAAAUGUCCGGGUCUGGAAGAUUGGAGGACUUGUCAUGCACAUUUUGCAUGAUCCACGAUAUGUGUGACGUAUGCGCUAGCUGCAUCACAGAUUUUGUG